UCGCCAUCUUGAAAAAAUUUUAUGUGAAAAGAAGGGAAUGAAAAUAUUAUUUUUUUAACAAAUAAAUAUAUUUGUAAACUUUGGAAAUUGGUGUGAAAGAUGGGCGAAGCUGUAGAGGGAAGUACAACAGCAACUGAUACAGGCGGAUACGACUAUAAACGAUUGCACAGUUAUCCUCUGAUCAGGCAUUCGGAUAUGAACGAGGAAAUGAGGACAGAGGCAAUGGAGCUUUGUGUAACAGCUUGUGAAAAGUUUUCAACAAACAACGAGGCAGCUGCAAAGAUGAUCAAGGAUAGUCUGGACAAGAAGUUCGGAUCAUCUUGGCAUGCCGUAGUCGGGGAAGGCUAUGGCUUUGAAAUAACACACGAAGUUAAAAACUUAUUGUAUUUGUUUUUCGGAGGUUCAACUGCAAUCUUGGUGUGGAAAUCCUCGUAGUUACAAGCGAAGGUUUUCCAGACUUGAUGGAUAAUGUUGAAUCACAUAUGAAAAGAGUUUGCAAUCUCAAUUCAAGAGUCAUAGCAUAGUAGCAUGGUUUUCUUAAGUGAUUUUAUUGCUAUCUAAAGUACAUGUAUAUAAUAUAAUAAUACUUUG